AUGAUGGAGUGUCGUCGACGAGCCAGUUGGAGCUCGAGUCAUGUAACUGGAGUCGCCGCGGCCGUCGUCGACGAGAAGCCGGUUGGAGCUCGAACCACUCGGUCGGAGCUCGAUCCCGUCGCAGUCGUAUGGUGUGGAGAUGUGGAGCUUGCGGUUGUUGAAGUAGUACCCGCCGGUGUGAAGGUGCUGCCGGUUUUGACUUCGCCGGAGAAGCACCAGAGAUGGCGGCCCUGCACCGCGCCGUUCGUCUCCAUCUCCGGCGACGGAAAUUCACCCACUUCCACCCUCCCAGCCGCACGCAGAUUUGCCGACCGGAUCGCCGCGGCUGCUAUCCGCCAGGGUGUGGACUGA